CGGCUCCCCACUCCCUCAGGCCUUUAUAUAUACGCCGUUCCCCAUCCCCUUCCCAUAGAACAAGAAAUCAGGGACCGUAGCAUCUUAACCGAUGAUGAUGGAACACCGAGAGCCGCAGCCCUACCUCACGCUGUCCCCCAGCUUCGGCGAGACCCAGGAGGAGAUCGCCGCCGUCCUUCAGGAUUCCAUUCAUCACGUCUCCGCCGCCGAUCGCCCCGCGGAGGAGGUUGCCGACGAUGACGACUCUAGCGACGAUUUCGAGUUCACCUUCGCGGUAAGGGGCCCGGUGGGGGAGACCCCCAUCACGGCCGACGAGAUCUUCUCCAACGGCCGGAUCCUUCCCGCCUACCCCGUCUUCGACCGCAACCUCCUCCUCUCCACCGUCGGCGAACCGGCGACGGACGUGGAGGAGGGGGUCCCCCUCCGGCAGCUCGUGAUCGAGGACCGGAGCUCCUCGUCGUCCGCGUCGUCCGAGGCGGCGGGGGAGUAUUGUGCGUGGUCGCCGCGGUCGGUGCCGCAGUCACCGGAGCGCUGCAAGAAGAGCGCCUCCACCGGGUCGCCCCGGCGGUGGCGGCUCCGGGACCUGAUUUUGGGGCGGAGCCACAGCGACGGGAAGGAGAAGUUCGUGUUCAUAGCAGCGCCGCCGCCAUCAAUGGAUAAGACCACAAACCCUCACGCUGACGCUACGGCGGCGAACGCGGCGGCAAAGAAAGGGGGUCGGGCGGCGGAGUUGGAUCUGGUCACCGCCCACCGGCUGUACUACGGGAAGGGGAAGGGGGAGAAGGCGAAAGGCGGGCGGCGGUCAUUCUUACCUUACCGGCCGGUCGGAUUAUUCGCCAAUGUGAACGGCUUCAGCAGGACACAUCACCCCUUCUAAAAUCUCUUUUUUUUUUGUAAUUGUUUCGUUGGAAAAUACAAAAAUGCGACUCGGCUUGGGUGCUUUUUGUUCUUUUGGAAACUUGGCUGGCAUCAACAAAAUGGAAAAAAAAAUUAUUAUUA